AUGUGUCAUACAACGCUUAAAUUUGCUGAAUACCUUUGUGAAGGGAAACAGAAGGAAUUAAGAGAUAUUGCAAAUGCAUUAGUAGCCCCAGGGAAAGGUAUACUUGCAGCUGAUGAAAGUGUCCCUAGUUUGGGAAAACGAUUCAAAACAAUUAACCUUGAAAAUACAGAGGAGAAUCGACGUGUUUAUCGACAACUUCUAUUUUCUACUGACCCAGCCCUAGCAAAAAAUAUUUCUGGAGUUAUUUUAUAUCAUGAAACACUUUAUCAAAAGGCUGACGAUGGAUUUCCACUUAUCAGACUUCUUCAAGAUAGAGGCAUUGUACCGGGAAUUAAAGUUGACAAAGGCACAGUCCCAUUACCAGGAACACAUGAUGAAUGUAGUACACAAGGCUUAGAUGGGCUAUAUGAAAGAUGUUCCCAGUAUAAAAAGGAUGGAUGUCAUUUCGCUAAAUGGCGUUGUGUCUUAAAAAUAUCAGAACGUAAUCCAAGUUCAUUGGCUAUUCAUGAGAAUGCUAAUGUAUUAGCACGUUAUGCAGCAAUAUGUCAACAGAAUAGUCUUGUGCCUAUAGUUGAACCAGAAGUAUUACAAGAUGGCAAUCAUGACUUAUAUACUUGUAUGCGAGUGACUGAAGAAUUAUUAUCGUGUACUUACAGAAAAUUAGCUGAACAUCAUGUAUAUUUAGAAGGUACACUACUGAAAACAAAUAUGGUAACUGCUGGAAUAGUAUUUUUAUCUGGUGGCAUGUCUGAAUUAGACGCUACACUGAAUUUAAAUGCAAUUAACAGAUGCCCUGGACGUAAGCCUUGGACCUUAUCAUUCAGUUUUGGUCGAGCAUUACAACAGUCAGUGAUACAGAAGUGGGAUGGGAAAAGUAGUAAUAUUGUUGCAGCUCAAAAUGAACUAAUGAAAUUAGCACAAGUGAAUAUUUCUUAA